CCUCCUCCCGUCUUGACACCAACAGUCCUGCCGCCCACACCCCCAACCCUCUCCAAGAUCUGCUUUCUGAGUGCUGCUGGGUGGGUUUUGCACUUUCCAGGACCCGAGUCCAUCCAUACGUAGGGUCAGAGGCACAUAGGGAUUUGUAAACUUGUGAUCGAGAUCAAGAUCUUCUUCACCAUUUGAUAUUUAUAGUUCUACUUCACCUCCCAGGAUCACAACAGAUACCCGCCAUGCCUGCUGGAACACCUGCCCCCGUACACAAGCGGAAAAAGUCUUCCAGAAUCAUAACUGACCUUUCACACAUCUCUCAGAAUGAGUAUGAGUCGGAGCCAGAAGCAUCUGAGUUUGACCUGGGAACAAAGAUCCGGGUUCCCAGAGAGAUCAUGCUGGAGGAACUUUCUCUGAUGAACAACAGAGGCUCUAAGAUGUUCAGAAUGAGGCAGCAGAGAGUCGAGAGGUUCAUCUAUGAAAACAACCCAGAUAUCUUCAGCAGUGAGUCCAUGGACCACCUCCACCACCUUGUUCCCUCUCUGGGAGGUCAUGUGGGAGGUCAGAUAAUAAAUGUCGGUGGGCAUCAUGUUAGCAAAGAGCAUGGACAUCCGUAUUUAGGAGUGAUACCUGUAGGAGGGCCUCCUGUGCCUCCACCAAAACCUGGAAGCAAAGGUGCAGGAGCAGGAGGAGCAGGAGGUGCAGGAGGUCAUGGUCAUGGUCAUGGUCAUGGUCACGGCGACAAAGAUGGAAUAGGAGGAGGAUCAAGUGAGUUGUCUCACAAAGGAAGUGGACACGCUGGAGGCAGCAAGCAUAUUAUGGCUAAGACAUAUGUAUCACCAUGGGAAAAGGCCAUGAAGGGUGAUGAGAUGCUGUUAGCUACUCUAAGAUCUGAAAUGCCUGGUCCUAUUGAUAAAAGGGAUCUGCUCAAGUACAAAUCUUUCAACAGGAGUGCCAUGCCUUUUGGGGGCUAUGAGAAGGCCAACCAGCUCCUUAAAUUCCAGCUGCCAGAAGCUCAGGUGACCAAAGAGGAGCCUGAACCGGCAGUGGUGUACAACCAGGAUAUUGGCUGCCGGCCUUCCUUCAACCGUACUCCUAUUGGCUGGGUGGGCAGCAGUGAGCCCAGCAGUUUUCAUAUGGAGGCAGAUGCUGUGCCAUUUGAUGGAGAGACCGAUGAGCUUUGAAAACAUAUACAUACUGUGAUUACACCCACUGUGCACAUACAUACAUGCGAGCAUGACUGUAUGAACUUACACUUAAGCAUGAACACACAAAACUUAAGCAUGAACACACACAUGACAAAUGAGUGAAUUUCAAUUUCUCACUGAUAAUUGAAAGUGUACAUGACUUGUGGCUAAGCUCUGAUGUUGCCAUUUUUUAAGUUGUAAAGCAAAGAGCUAGGCUUCAGAUGUUAUGGUGAGAUUAAAAGUCAAACCUUUUGUCAAAUUUUCAAUGCUUUAAUUAGUUAGAAAGCUUGUUCUCAAAAAAACAUGCAAUUUUCAGAAACAAGGAAAUAAUUAAUCAUGUGGUAAGGAUAGACGCUUGUGAAAUUUUACAUUUGAACAUAAUGCAUGUUAUAAAUGUAAACUUGUUACCAUUUUUGUUAUUUCAUUGCCCUUUUAUUGCUGUUAAGAUUGUUGGAUAAUUUGUAAAUCCACAAUGCUAUCCUACUCAGCAUGCAAGCUGUUGCUAAUCCCUAUUGAAUCAAGUGUUUUGCCAACAGUAAACUGUAACACUCUUCUGGUUAAGUGAAUAAAACAUUAAGAACAAAAAUAA